AUGCGAGGCGGCCCACGGAGUCCCAAUGCAAGCUCCAAGACCUACGCCUUUGUUUCGCUGGCUGGCAACGCGGUGAAGAAGAGGCCACGUAGGCGUUACGAUGAGAUUGAGCGUCUCUACCAGUGCUCCUACACCUUGCCAGAUGGCUCGGUAUGCACGAAGUCAUACGGCACGCUCAAUCAUCUCAACGCCCACAUCGGAAUGCAACGCCACGGCGAGAAACGCAGUCCAGCCGAAUUCAAGGAGUUGCGGAAGCAAUGGCGGAAGGCAAAGAAGGAGUCGGAAUCUGCCGCG